CAGCAUAUAAAAGAGUUAAAGGGUUAAAACAUGCAUCAUUUUUGGAGUGCUCUACAACAGUGUAAGAAUGAGAGUCGUUCUAGUGGCAAGUUGGGUCCUCUUUGUGCAAGCAAUCUUUUUUGGCCUGGGUACCUCUAUACAGAGCGCUCCUGACACCGAGGGUGAGGGAAUCUUCAUUAUGCAACCCAUAAGCCAGUUCAAUGUUGUCCCUGGAUCUAACGUCCAGUUCUCCGUUACCUUGGGGCCAUUGCCUACCAUCUCAAUGUUUGUCUGGAGGAUAAAUGGAAGUCAAAUUAAUGGAAGUCAAACUGAUGGGCCUCUUAAUAACAAGUACACUGGUCUGAAUACCAGUCGACUGACUGUGCUCUCUGUGGACGAGAGUGAUGAGGGAUUGUAUACUGUUGAGGUUUUAGCAACCAUUGGUGAUGGCAAUGUGUCCUUCUCCAAUAUUUCAGAACCUGCCUGGUUGACAGUGUUGGACCCUCCAACGAUAGUCACUCAACCGUCCAACCUGACAGUACGGGACGUGCUUGCCUUAGAAGGUCAACGAUUUCAGCUAAGUGUCGAAGCCACUGGGAUGUUUCUUACUUUUCAGUGGCAGAGAUUUGACCUUGACAUAUUCGACACACCAGGCCUCUACAAUGGGACUACCACCAACACGCUGACUGUACUAAAUUUGCUUACAGCUGCAGAUGGUGAUAACGAAAUUGAGUUUAGUGUCAAUGUGUCUAAUCCAGCAGCCUUAAUAUUCUCCGAAACAGCCACUGUAACAGUAUUAUACCCCCCAGUCAUCACACAGCAGCCUGUUGAUGUCGUUGUUCCUACUGGUGGCAAUGCGACCUUCACAGUGGUGGCCACUUCUUCAGGUGGCGGUAGAUUAUCGUACCAGUGGUUCCGGCUCAUCAGACUCUACAGUCAAGAGGUGCCUCUCAAUGACUCAAUCGGAGCGAAUGUUCCUGGGCCAGUCAUCAGUGGAGCACGUCUGUCUACCUUGAUCCUGGUAGGAGUCAGUGCGGAGCAAUUUUUCAGGCUUAGGGUCAGAGUUAGUAAUGAAGAUGGAAAUACCACAUCUAAUAUCGCAACAUUGGAGAUAUUGUCACCCCCUACAAUACUUACACAGCCUCUGAAUGCAACAAGUGUGCGUGUAGGAACUAGUUCAGUAUUUCUUGUGACAGCUCAGGGGGAGUCCCUUAGUUAUCAGUGGCUGAGAAACGGGCUCGAUAUCUCUGACACCCCCGGGAGGUACGCUGGAACAACCUCGAGAAUGCUAACCAUAUUAAGAGCAAUAGAAGAUGACAAUAUGGCAGUGUUUAGUGUGAAUGUGUCCAACCAAGCAGGCUCUGUAAUCUCACGAGAAGCUUUAAUCACAGUUUUGCUACCUCCUGUGGUAACUAUCAUGCCCACUGAUGCCACUGUUCUUCCUGGUGGAACUGUAACCUUUACAGCCACGGCUACCUCUCAAAUUAACAGCACAGAAUUCACGUUUCAGUGGUUUGAGUUCCCACGAAAUCUCAGUGCGUUCCGUCUCAAUGACUCGGAGACUGUUAGCGGGAGCAACACGUUCACUCUGACAGUAAGAGGAGUCAAUGAGCGAAGAAUUUUUGCUGUCCAAGUAACCGAUGGAGAGGGAGGGAUGAGUGUUGAUUCUGUGACUGUAACUGUACAGUUAGUGUCAUUGAAUGAAACCCAUUCUGCUUGGAUCUCUUCCUGCCUAGCAUGUGUGAAUCUACCAUGCAUUGAAGCCUUAGACACAAAUGACACUCCAAUCGCUCAUGGUGAUGAAAGCUGAUGCUUGAAACCACACUGAAACACUUUUAGCUACAGGAUGUGAAGCCAUGCCCAUGUGAACUCUGAGUGCCCACAACUUUCCUCUUGGGCCUCCACCAUUUAGUCUGUACGUCAAUGGUUUUAUGAACUUGUGCAUUGUAGCUGCUGUAUUAGCUUAAAGAUGAAGUGUAUAAUGCUGUGCACACUGCUGUUUAUUUCAUGUGUGCUAUCUUGGUCUUCAGCGCAGACUGGUCCACCAGGUGAAAGAGGAGAGCCUGGUAUUCCUGGCGACUCCGGCCGCCCCGGCCCCCCAGGACAGAUGGGAGGGCAAGGAUUUGUUGGACCACCAGGGAGUCCUGGACUUAGAGGUCCAAAAGGUGACUCAGGAUCCUCUUUGGUUGGAUUGAGAUAUGGGUUAUUCGGUCAUGGUCCCUCUGGUCCACCUGGCCCAGUAGGACGAGCAGGUCCACCAGGUCCAUCGGGAGCUCCUGGAAAACAAGGUGGCAUUGGAAUGAAGGGAGAUGGUGGACAAAAGGGAGGCCAAGGGUCGCCCGGACCAGCAGGUGCAGUGGGAGGGGUUUACACUCACUGGGGCGGAGUAUGCACCGAUCGAAAUACAAUCGUUUACACUGGGAGAAUGGGAAGCAGUGUACACAAUAAUACAGGUGGAGCCAGCAACUACCUCUGUCUACCUGACAGCCCUUCCUAUAGCACCCCACGAGAGGGUGGCCUCGAUCCAGGGAGUGGGACCGUGGCAGCUGUUGAAUUGACCACAAGCAGUCAAGUGCUAAAUUGCAGUGUGUGUUUUAUACCUCGUCCUACAAUUCUAACAAUCCCAGCGAUGAACUCAUGCCCUAUAGGCUGGAUUUCCGAGUAUGUUGGAUUUCUCAUGUCACAAUUGGACAGUCAAUCACGUACAGAGUUUAUUUGCGUCGAUCAGAGAGCGAAGACGAUGAAUGUCAAUGGAGUGGCUACUGGAGCUGGAGGUCAAGUCUAUUUUGUGAAGGCCGAUUGUGAAAGUGGACUACCUUGUCCAUCGUAUAAUAGCAACCAAGAACUGAGCUGUAUUGUUUGCUCACGAUCCUUGUCCAUUGUAUAAUAGCAACCAAGAACUGAGCUGUAUUGUUUGCUCACGAUGAGUAUAAUAGACACUCAUGCUUCUCAGAAAGUUCAGUAAUAAUGUUCGAUACAAUGUCGGGUUUGUCGUGUACUUUUUACAUAUCUUAAAAUUAUUAAUGGUAAAAAACA